UCGGCCGGGCUCGGAGGCGACGGGAGCGCGCGGGCUGCUGCCUCUGGGCCCGGAGCCCCGGAGCCCCGGCCGCCCCGGCCGCCGCCCCGCCAUGCCCGCGGGCAGCGGCGAGCCCGACGGCGUCCUCCGCUACCAGAGACCAGAUGAAGAAGCUGUGGUGGAUCAGGGUGGGACCAGUACAAUUCUCAACAUUCACUAUGAGAAAGAGGAGUUGGAAGGUCAUAGAACUUUGUAUGUGGGGGUUCGGAUGCCACUGGGCCGGCAGAGCCAUCGCCAUCACCGAACCCAUGGCCAAAAGCACCGCAGACGAGGGCGAGGCAAAGGAGCCAGCCAAGGAGAGGAAGGCCCGGAGGCCCUGGCCCAUGAUACACCAUCUCAGCGUGUUCAGUUCAUUCUUGGCACUGAGGAAGAUGAAGAGCAUGUGCCACAUGAGCUGUUCACAGAGCUGGAUGAGAUCUGUAUGAAAGAGGGAGAAGAUGCUGAGUGGAAGGAGACAGCUAGGUGGCUGAAAUUUGAAGAAGAUGUUGAGGAUGGGGGUGAACGCUGGAGCAAGCCUUAUGUGGCAACCCUUUCACUGCAUAGUCUCUUUGAGCUAAGGAGCUGCCUUAUUAAUGGAACAGUCCUUCUGGAUAUGCGUGCAAAUAGCAUAGAAGAAAUUUCAGACCUGAUACUGGACCAGCAAGAACUGUUCAGUGACCUGAAUGACAGCAUGAGGGUUAAAGUACGAGAAGCCCUGCUCAAAAAGCAUCACCAUCAGAAUGAAAAAAAGAGGAAUAACCUCAUUCCCAUUGUUCGCUCCUUUGCUGAGGUUGGCAAGAAGCAGUCUGAUCCACACUCAAUGGAUAAAAAUGGUCAAACUGUAUCUCCUCAGUCUGUUCCUACUACAAGUCUUGAAGUAAAAAAUGGAGUGAAUUAUGAACACAGUCCCGUGGAUUUAAGCAAGGUGGAUCUUCAUUUCAUGAAAAAAAUUCCCACUGGGGCAGAGGCCUCAAAUGUCCUGGUUGGAGAGGUGGAUAGUUUGGACCGCCCCAUUGUUGCCUUUGUGAGGCUGUCUCCAGCUGUUCUUCUCUCUGGCCUCACAGAAGUGCCCAUCCCAACAAGAUUUUUGUUUAUCCUAUUGGGUCCAGUAGGGAAAGGUCAGCAAUAUCAUGAGAUUGGCAGAUCCAUGGCUACCAUCAUGACAGAUGAGAUUUUUCAUGAUGUGGCAUAUAAGGCGAAAGAGCGAGAUGAUCUUCUGGCGGGGAUUGAUGAGUUCCUAGAUCAGGUCACAGUGCUCCCUCCGGGGGAGUGGGACCCCUCCAUUAGAAUUGAGCCACCCAAGAACGUCCCUUCCCAGGAGAAAAGGAAAAUGCCUGGAGUUCCAAACGGAAAUGUUUGUCACAUAGAACCGGCACCACAUGGGGGCCACAGCGGGCCAGAGCUUCAGCGCACCGGGCGGCUGUUUGGAGGCUUGGUGUUGGACAUCAAGCGGAAGGCCCCGUGGUACUGGAGCGACUACCGGGAUGCACUCAGCUUACAGUGUUUGGCCUCCUUUCUGUUCCUGUACUGUGCCUGCAUGUCACCUGUCAUCACCUUUGGGGGACUGCUCGGGGAAGCCACUGAGGGACGCAUAAGUGCAAUUGAAUCCUUGUUUGGAGCCUCCAUGACUGGGAUUGCCUAUUCCUUGUUUGCGGGACAGGCUCUCACCAUCCUGGGAAGUACUGGGCCAGUGCUUGUAUUUGAAAAGAUUUUAUUCAAAUUCUGCAAAGACUACGCUCUUUCAUACCUCUCCCUGCGAGCUUGUAUCGGACUAUGGACCGCCUUCCUGUGUAUUGUCCUCGUGGCAACUGAUGCCAGUUCCCUUGUCUGUUACAUUACCCGCUUCACAGAAGAAGCGUUUGCCUCCCUGAUUUGCAUUAUUUUCAUCUAUGAAGCAAUAGAAAAGCUGAUUCACCUGGCAGAGACCUACCCCAUCCACAUGCACAGCCAGCUGGACCACCUUAGCCUAUAUUACUGCAGGUGUACUGUCCCAGAAAAUCCAAGCAAUCAUACCCUCCAGUACUGGAAGGACCACCAUAUCGUGACAACAGAAGUCCAGUGGGCCAAUCUGACUGUUAGUGAAUGCCAGGAGCUGCAUGGAGAGUUCACGGGAUCUGCGUGUGGCCAUCACGGACCCUAUACUCCUGAUGUGCUCUUUUGGUCCUGCAUUCUCUUCUUCACCACCUUCAUCCUCUCGAGCACUUUAAAGACAUUUAAGACAAGCCGCUAUUUCCCAACCAGAGUACGUUCCAUGGUCAGUGACUUUGCUGUUUUUCUCACUAUCUUCACAAUGGUGAUUAUUGACUUUUUGAUUGGAGUCCCAUCACCAAAACUUCAAGUUCCCAGUGUGUUCAAGCCAACAAGGGAUGAUCGAGGGUGGAUUAUUAGUCCCAUUGGCCCCAAUCCCUGGUGGACUGUGAUAGCUGCAAUUAUCCCAGCUCUUCUCUGUACCAUCUUAAUAUUCAUGGACCAGCAGAUCACAGCUGUCAUCAUUAACAGGAAGGAACACAAGCUCAAGAAAGGCUGUGGCUACCACCUGGAUCUGCUGAUGGUGGCCAUCAUGCUGGGUGUCUGCUCCAUCAUGGGCCUGCCCUGGUUUGUGGCUGCAACUGUCUUGUCCAUCACGCAUGUGAACAGCCUCAAACUAGAAUCUGAGUGCUCUGCUCCUGGAGAACAACCUAAGUUCUUGGGCAUCCGAGAACAGAGAGUGACGGGCCUUAUGAUCUUUGUGCUGAUGGGCUGCUCAGUCUUCAUGACAGCCAUAUUGAAGUUUAUUCCGAUGCCAGUACUCUAUGGAGUCUUCCUCUACAUGGGAGUUUCUUCACUACAAGGAAUUCAGUUCUUUGACCGUCUGAAGCUCUUUGGGAUGCCUGCAAAGCAUCAGCCAGAUUUUAUCUACCUUCGGCACGUGCCUCUGCGCAAAGUGCACCUCUUCACCCUCAUCCAGCUCACCUGCCUUGUUCUGCUCUGGGUCAUCAAAGCAUCUCCAGCUGCCAUUGUCUUCCCGAUGAUGGUUUUGGCGUUGGUUUUCGUCAGGAAAGUCAUGGAUCUCUGUUUCUCUAAACGAGAGCUAAGCUGGUUAGAUGAUCUCAUGCCUGAAAGUAAAAAGAAGAAGUUGGAUGAUGCCAAAAAGAAGGCCAAGGAGGAAGAGGAGGCUGAGAAAAUGUUAGAAAUGGGGGGAGACAAGUUUCCCUUGGAGAGCAGGAAGUUACUAAGUAGUCCUGGAAAGAGCAACAGUUUCAGAUGCGACCCCUCCGAGAUUAAUAUAUCUGAUGAAAUGCCUAAAACUACGGUAUGGAAAGCUCUCAGUAUGAAUUCUGGAAAUACAAAGGAGAAGAGUCUCUUCAACUAAAAGUCUUUGCUGGGAAGGAAGAUUUGGGCCGUGAGGUGCCUCAGGGAAGUUCCGGUUACAGAGAAGAUGGCGAGUCUCUCCGAGAAGAAGCAAGACCCAGCCUGGCCCUGUCCGCGGUCCCGUCCAAGCCAUGCCGAGGCACUCCGUUCCCCGUGCUGUGCGUUGGAGGGCAUGCGCCAUCCCCAUGCCAGCAGCCAGCCGCCAGGUGUGAGCGUGGAAGCGGAAGACCACCUCCUGCUGGUACUUCUCUUCUUCCUUUCUCUUUCUCUUCAGAACUGCCACCAGUGAAGACCCAGCUUCCCACCUUCCAGACAUUCUCUCUGAACCUCUCUGCCGGCCCGCAGAGCCAUAUGGAUCCAUUCCAUGAGUUCCCUCUCCUCAAGGAUGGGGUCGGGGCGUGGGAGGAGAGCAGAGAGCAGAGGGAGGGCGCUCCAGUCCCGCAGAAUCUGCUGGCCCCGAGGCAGACCUGGGCCUUGGUUUGAUGCCUCCUCUGGGGGAUGCUGGUCAGACCCAGAGGUCGUCAGGAGGGCCUGCCACUGGGAGGGUCGGCGGCCUGGGCGCGGCCAGAAGGUGCCUCCGCCCGCCCCGGGCGCGUCUGUGUCGCUCCCUAGCAGCAGCCAUAACUCGGCAAGAACCUUGGAUGAUGAAAGGGCCACGAGGGACACUGGAGUUGUUUAGCUCAGACAGGAAAAGGCUCGGGGGAAAAUCAGUAAAGCUAAGUGAGGACCAGCAGCUUCUCUCGGUUUCACUGAGGAUGGACUAAGAGAAUGAGCUUCAGCUGCUGCAGAAGGAGUUGGUUUAGACGCCAGGAAGGGCUUCCCAGCCUGAGCGUUUGUUCGAGUGCCUGCUUUCUAGACACCUGGGAAAGGUUUGAUAAGAGCGGCUCGUGAGUAGGAAGGGAGAUGAGCUGUUUUAUUGGCCAUGUUGUGGAAACACCCAUGUUUUGCUGCUGUCUCUUGAGGAUACGUUCUGAUUCGACUCCUGGAGAGACCAAGUGCGUAUGAUUACGUGAUUAUGUCUCCUUAGCUGCCUUAGUAGCGAACCAUUAUCAACUCAAUGGACCAAAACCACCUUCAGCCAUGUGGUUUCUUCACCCUCACGCGUUUAUUUUGGUUGACAGACAUUUUGGCUCUCAGAUGUAAAAAGCCACCCUGGGAAAUGAACUGUAAGUGGUAAAAUUAAUUUUGGUAUUUAGUUGAGAACCAGGUUUCUAGUUUUUUUCUCCUCUUCGCUGUUGUGAUGAGUACGAUGCGUUCGGGCCCCAGUGUGUCUAGGCCUUCUCUUCUGUGCACAGUAAGUGUGUCGGGACCCACGGAAUUCAAGCACAUCAGUUCUCCAUCCAGUAAAAUCUUGGUGCGGUGGGACGUUCCUACGGGUUGCUCUCCUUUCGUAGGUGAAGAGUUGGUGAUGAAACUGUUGAAUUUUGCAUUCCUCUCACGCUUCAAAUAUGUCAGUGUAUUCUAGUCUUAGCCUGAGGACCUUUGAAAUGGAAGGAAUCCUGCAUUUCUUUGACAUUUCCCCAUCUCCUAGAACCACGCCUCGUCUAACGCACAGAUGAUUUUCAGAACACUUAACCCAACUGGUACAGGAUGGACGCCAACCACUCAGAACGGAUGCCGGCUGUAAGCAGGCAGUACGCGGGGCUGUACCGGUGCCUGUUGGCCGAACGCCAUGCUGCUUUCAAACGCUGAAACGAUAACCCUUUGAAUCAUGGGUAUUGUUCCUGGAUUGUCUGAUUUCUGCUCACAAGGCUGUUCUAGGGACAGCCUCGGCUUCCCUUUAUAUGGUGCAGACAGGACCAGGCAUGCAUCUUUGAACUCUAUGGGCAUUAAAAUCUUUGCGAGCCAAAGCUUCACAUUUUAUCAUGUUAGCAGAAAUGUGAUGAUUGUACCCGUUUACCUACCUAAUGUAGAAAAAUCGGAAGACAACCUGUCGGUGGGAAAAGCUUUCCUGCUGGCCUUCCCAGUCUGUCUCUGGCCGCUUCCGUGAGCUUGCCUCCUCCUCCGUCUUCCUUGUUCUCGAGGACUCGCCCACAUUCCUCCCCCCUCCUGCCCCUCCCAUCUCUUCCUGCUACCUCUGUGUGGGAAGGUUGGUGACCGCUUCUCCUGUCCCCUCAGCCUCAGCACAGCCGUAAGGAGUGUGGCAGGACAAAGCCUACCAUACAACAAGUUAGGUGACACUAUCACUCAGAAAAAUCUCUCUCCUAAAUACCCAUGUCCCAUGAUGCCUUGUAUACGCUAGGCCUCUUGAGAGCCGGAGACCUGUUAACUGCGUGCAGUGCGGUCACAGGACCUUGGGUCUACUUCCAGGUCCUUCCUGAGCCCGACGCUCCUAGGUUCCUAUACCUUAGGAGUACUAGUUACUUUGGAAGCCUGUGCCAAUCCUUGUAGGCCAUUACAUCUUUCUCAAACAAUAGCCAGCCUCAUCUCUGCUGCGUCUCAGUGGUAGAAACCAUUCCCUACUCUAAUUGUCUCUCUUUCCCCAACUCCCACCAAACGCUCGGCCCCAAUCCUACCCGAGUGCUUCCUCGCUCACGUCUGUGGCUGGUGGCCUUGGUGGCAGAGUCAAACUGGGCAGUGUUUGGGGUAGUAAACUGGAAGUGGAGGUGAAUAUGUGUGUGUGUGUGUGUGUGUGUGUGUGUGUGUGUGUGUGCAUGUCCGUUCAUCAACAAAUGCAAGUGCGUCCACAAGAUGUCCUUGCUGCUAUUAGGUAGCAGCUGCGUACCUAAGCUGGGGGGACAUUAAAAAAAUAUGAUCAUUCUCCUAUCUAGGGCUUCUCUGAGAGAAUAGCCUGAUGACAAAUACAGGCAGAUUAGUCUUUAGGAAAAGGUGUUUAAACUCAACAUCAAGGAGGAACUGACGUAGAGGUAGAAAGCACGGCAGGUAGGUAGGUAAUUUCUGUGCCAGGUUUGCUUGGCCCAGAGAAGCAGUCUGCCCUUCAGUGCAAGCCGAGUUCAGGAAUAGUUGGAGAGUUGGCCAAUGCCCUGAUGUGUCGAGGUGGGAAGGGAGGGAGGCCGGGGGUUUAAGAAAGUGGUGGUAGGUGAAAUCUUGGUUCUAGUGGUAAGAAUGGGUGUUGCUGGGUGGUUGGGUUACUUCCUAGCUCGUGACAUUGAGGGAAAGGGUUGGUCUAGAGAGAAGGGCAAGACGCAACCACGUGCGGUGAACUUGCCAGAUCUCUUUGGUUGCAGAGAACACAGGCUCCCUCCUUGUGUCCACAUAUGAUUUCCAGCUUCUGACGAGGGGAUUAUCGGGAGAUAACAGCACCUGUCCCCACCUCCUUAGUCAUAAGGGGAGAGAGGGGCCGUGAGCCGUGUAUUCCAGAAGAUGGUGUGAAUAGUGGCUCUUUCUCUUUGUCUGGCUGUGACUGGCUUUUAAACUAACCGUAAAUAUUUGAUAAAAAUCUGACAAACGCUAAGCCUCAGGCUGGGUUGACAUCUCAGGCUAUGACAACUGUGACCUUGAAGAGGUCUCUGAUUUUAGGAAUCUGUGCUCUCUGCUCAUCCAGAAAAGACAGUUCCCAGUUUUACUGGGACUCUCCAGACUUCCCUCUUAGUAGAGGAAUCAGCAGUUCUCCCUGCAUCUUCUCUAUCGACUUCACUGCCCAUGUUCUGAGUCUACGUUUUCCCGAAGCAUAGGAGGUGCCACCCCAGGGCCCCCGGCUUUCCUUCUCAUUGGCGUCGGAAGUCCCAUCCGCUAUAUUCUCUCUGCUACUAUCUCAACUUCUCUAAAUUUUUCCUUGCAAGAGUGUUGGCACCUCCUCCUAGGACUUUGAAGCAGUCUUUCUAGUUCGUCGCUGCAUUUUCCUUGGACUUCUCAGGUUUCUAAGCCGCAUCCUGGCAGGACAUUCAGGAACCCUGCACUGAAUGUUCUCAGGCUUCCUGACUUUCUUUUGGUUGCAGCUGUCAGGCCUCUGUCACGUAGAAAUCCUUCCCGUGGGGACUGACUGGCCACACGAGACGUCUUCCAGGUUCUGGCUCUUUUCCUGACUCAGCCUCCUCAGGCAGCACUUCUUCCGCUCUCUGCCCAGUCUCUCAAGUUCUUGGAGGCCUGAAGCUCCCACUCAGAGGUCCCCACAAUCCCCCCAGGUGGGGGUGGUGAGAGAGGUGAGGAGGUUGGACAGGUCUGGGGCUUCUCUGAAAGGGGACUUACUGGUUAUUUUCCUUACUUGGUGUAAGAGACCAAAGACUCAAGCCCUCGAGCUCAUCCAUAUUUCACUGUAAACAGAAAGAGACGCCCCACAAGCAAAUCAAAGUGGUUUUUCUUCCAAAUCUAUUCUUUUUGAUUCGUGGCGCCCGUGUUCUCUUACGUGAAUGACAGAGAACGGGCACUUGGCUCAGUUACCAUUUCUUCACCAGAACCAAAAGAGCGUGAAGGCGCUGUCUCACUGCGUGAAGCACGAAAGGAGGAAAGAGCAUUACGUGGAUCCCUUCAGUAGGAAAAUUCAGGAAGUGGAAUGAUUCAUCCACAGGCAUCAUUCCUUCAGGAGGUUCUGUGCUCGAAGGGAAUGGAACGGUUUCUGAUCCUUCCGAAAAGAAAACGAGUCGCAUUUUUCUCAAACCUACCCCACUUUCAGCAUUGGAGAAAACAGAACUUCUUCUUCUAGCUGCUGGCAUUAAUAUUUCCUGAGAGAGAGAGAAAACCCACCCACGGCGCUUUUGCAAGCCCCGCAGACAGCAGCAGAGCUUGGGCUUCUCUUAGCGGGUUAGCGAUCGCCUCCGACAGGCAGGUUUUCACACAGGCAGGAGUGCUGGAAGCCGCAGCACCAAACUGAAUGUGCAAUUACUCCUUUUGCAAAAGAGGCCACAGUCCCGUCCCCCGCCCCUCUCCCCCGUCUCCACUCCUCCGAGAUGAUAAGCCUCCCUCGUGUGCACCUGUGUCCGUCCGUGCGGCGGGGUAGACGCGGCCGCCCUGAGCCAAGGGCGUCAGGUGGAGAGCAGAGCGCCCUUCCCGCGGGAGGGGGCAGCUUGAGGUGCUGGUACAUUUCUCUUGUUUUCUAUGUUCUUCUUCCUAGUAGGUCUCAUGUAGAGAUAGAGAUAUUUUUGUUUUAGAGAUUCCAAAAUAUAUAUUUUUAGUGUAAGGAAUGUACCCUCUCCACGCUCCAUGGUGUAAAUAGAACCGAGAACAAAUGUGUUGUUGUGAUAAUCCCAUAGCAAUCUGUGGUAGGAAUAGGACCCUCUCCCUUGCCACCAAGUCUCUCGGCGUGCGUCUGUGAACUAGGGGAGGCGAUUGUGACACCUCGCCUGCCCAGACCUUCCUGUGCUCAAUGGGUGACAAAUAAAGUCUGUGUAAACUGUU